UGUUGAUAUCACCGGAAGUCGGACUUUCAGGGUGGUUCGGGGAUACGGCAUCAUUAUCAGUGCGUUACUGCUGUGCAUGGUAGCGUCGAUAGAAUGGGUUCUUUUAAACCUAAAGUAAACUCAUCAGUCGACUUGGAGUGGAAAAUAAAUACAGGUAAGAAUGGGACACGAAACAAAGAGAAAGCAGUGUCGAUGUAUAUCACUAAUUUCCCUCCUAAUAUGGAAUCCCAAGAUCUGUGGAAGAUGUGUGGAGAAGUUGGAACUGUUUCCGAUGUUUAUUUGGCGCGUAAGUUAUCUAAGUUGGGGAAACGGUUCGCGUUCGUUAGAUUCUUGAGGGUGCAAGAUGAGUCUGAGUUAGCAAGGAAAUUAAGUGCUAUCUGGAUCGGAACACAUCACGUUUUUGCAACUGUCGCUGGGUUUGGGAGAAAACAAAAACCUUUUCAUCAACUAGAAACAAGGAAAGAAGAGGGGAACUCAACCAACGAUCAUGAAAAUGUUGUUACUGAGAUCAUGAGAGACGGCGUUACAAAAGCUGAGGGGAAAGAAGAUCGAAUCAGUGCGUUGCCAGAUUGCCUGCUUCAUGAAAUCCUGUCUCGUUUACCCACCACAAAAGACGCCAUUAGAACAGAUACACUCUCUAAGCGAUGGAAACAUGUUUGGACUUGGGUUCCUUCUCUGAUUUUCAGAGAUGAUAAUUAUCCGCCGUUGGAGUUCUCUUCGUUCGUCGACAAAACCCUAAGUAAAUUUCGCGGAUUGAAGCUCAAGAAAUUCCAAGUGUUUACCAUCAAUGGUCACCAUUAUCAUAAUCGAUAUAAUAUUUGUCGGCGAUUUGAAGCACAUGCCAACAAUUGGAUUCGUUAUGCUAUGAAUUGUAACGUUGAAGAGCUUAACUUCGAGUUUUGGUGUACGGGAAGUGAAGCUGCGGUUCUGUUAGAUCAAAUUUUUUUCAUCAAUUCAUGUUUUACUGAUCUGAGAUUAUUAGGCUGCAAGUUUAAUCCAACAGGAUCGAUUAGUUGGAAAAAUCUUAGGAGUUUGUGUGUUUUCCAUGGGAAACUAGAUGAAGACUUGAUUGAAAAUAUAUUAUCGGGGAGUCCUCUAUUGGAAACUCUGGAGUUGGGUGAAUGUUAUGGUUAUAAGCGGCUUGAUAUUACUUCAAAGAGCCUCAAGAACUUGGUGUUCUCCGGAUACUUGGAUAUGGACAAGUAUAAUGGUGGUUCGUAUUUUGAUAUCAUUGAAAUCAAUGCUCCUAAUAUUUUAUCACUAACAAUCGAAGGUGAUCUGUGGUUACGGAUGCUUUUGUUGCUAAAUGUGUCUUCUUUAGUCAAAGCUAAAUUAGAUUAUUUUAACUUUGGGGAUUUUCAACCAAGGCCUGAAGAAGAAGCAAAAGUGGGAGGAGAGAUGCUUAAAGAAUUUAUAGUAAAUCUCCGCCAUGUCAAGGAGCUUAGAAUUGAGGGCUUCUCUUCUUACAUUCAUAAGCUUUUGGAAGCUAAAGGUUUCAUUUUCCCACCAAAUAUCAAGGCUUAAGAUUCCAUCUGGACUUCGUUAGUGGCAGUAAGGUGAUUCUGUUGAAAGUGGACACAGGGAAGUAGGUGCUCUUGCAUGAUCAUGGUCCUAAAGGUAAUGAGGUCAAGUGAGUUGUGAUGCUUUUAAUUCAUGUCUAGGCAUUUUAGUAAUCGUGAAGCUUUUUCAUCUUUUUUUUUCCUGUUCCGUUUUGUAAAGUUUACUUGGAUUCAAAUUAUCGAUCGAUUAAAUGUUACAUAUGUUAGAACUUGUGUAAAACAACAGUA